AGAGGGGAGUUGGAGGAAGACACUUUAUGUGCAGCUCAACAGUUGGACCACAGGGCGCAGUGGGCAAAGCUCACAUCCCUACAGACGGGCUGCAGUGUGUCUGGGGCUGCUGUGUGCUCUCUUAUUGGCUGCCACAUUAGUCCUGUGUGUCCUCUAUACCAGUCAAUCAGGGAACUAUUCAAUGUUGGAGAGAGACCUGGAAAAGCUCAGAAGCAAUUGCAGCACCACGAAUAAAGAGAAGGUCCACCAACAGAAGAACUAUUCAAUGUUGGAGAGAGACCUGGAAAAGCUCAGAACCAGUUGCAACACCAUGAAGGUCCAACAACAGGAGAACUAUUCAAUGUUGGAGAGAGACCUGGAGAAGCUCAGAACCAGUUGCAACACCAUGAAGGUCCAACAACAGGAGAACUAUUCAAUGUUGGAGAGAGAACUGGAGGAGCUCAGAACCAGUUGCAACACCAUGAAUAAAGAGAAGGUCCACCAACAGAAGAACUAUUCAAUGUUGGAGAGAGCACUGGAGGAGCUCAGAAGCAGUUGCAGCACCAUGAAUGAAGAGAAGGUCCAGCAACAGAGAAAGUACAAUGCAGUAUUUAAGAAACUCCCCUUUUUGGAGCAGUACUGUCCCUCCAGUUCACAGAAGUCUGCUGCCUGUUCCUCCUGUACAGGCAGAGUGUGUGAACCCUGUCCACAGGGCUGGGAGCAGUUCUCUUCCAAGUGUUACUACUUCUCUAAUGAGAAGAAGAAUUGGUUUGACAGUCGCAGUGACUGUAUUAAAAGGGGAGCUGACCUGGUGAUUAUAGAGAGUGAAGACGAACAGCGGUUCAUCACCAACAUAGCAAAAUCCCAUACCUGGAUUGGACUGAGUCGCUCAGAAUUUAAGAGUAACUGGCUCUGGGUGGAUGAAACCCCUCUGCAGAAAGGGUAAGAAUUCUUACACAAAAAUUAAAAUUAAAAUGAUAAAAAUUAUAAAAUUAUAGACAGACACAAUCCUGUAUAAUUUGAAACAACAUCUAGGCAGAUCAGAAAUAUGAAUGUUUCUCUGAUGGAAGCCAGUCUAAGGUUUGUGUUACUUCAGUGAAAUAUGUCACUGGAUAUAUUUCUGGUUAUGAC